GCCCUUCGAAAUCCAAUCUCCAUAUUUUUUUCCCGAAAGAAAGCUCCAUAAUUGAGAACCAGGAUUUUCAUUUUCAUUAUUUUUCUUUUUCUUUUUCUUUUUUAUCUUUUCGGAACUCUUUAUAUAUAUAAUUCUCUUUUGAAUUUUCGUGGUUAAUAGCUUUCUCUCUUACUAUAUUACUUAAAAAUGGCCAGAUUUCUGCUGUGUGCAUUAUUAACUUGUACAGUUGUUUUUGUGUGUAACCGAUUCACAAAUGGCAUAGAAGAUAUGCCAACAAUCAAUGUGGAUAAGUCACAAAAUUCGAGCUUUUCUAGUAUUCAAGCAGCCAUCGAUUCUGUUCCUUCAAACAACAAGAACUGGAUUUCCAUCUCUGUCUCAGCUGGAGUUUACAAUGAACAGGUGGAAAUUCCUUCAGAAAAGCCAUUUAUUUAUGUAAAAGGAGAGGGAAUGGAUAGAACUAGUGUUGUAUGGGAUGGGCAUGGUUCUAUCUUGACUUCGGCAACUUUUACUUCCUUCGCUGACAAUAUUGUUGUCUCAGGAAUCACUUUUGUGAACUCUUACAAUUAUCCUCCAAGCAAGAACGUGAAUCCGGUGAUGCCGGCGGUGGCGGCGAGGAUCUCCGGCGACCAAUCGGCCUUCCGCGAGUGUGGUUUCUUGGGGUAUCAGGACACAUUGUUGGACGAUAAGGGCAAACACUACUUCAUGCUUUGCACCAUUGAAGGAGCCGUGGAUUUCAUCUUUGGAAAUGGUCAAUCCAUUUACGAGAAAUGCAACAUAUCAUUGAACGUAGGAAUACCAAACCCUGGUUCAACCGGUUACAUAGCUGCACAGGCACGACAAAGUCCGGAGCAAAGAAGUGGGUUUGUGUUCAAAGGGUGCAGCGUGGGCGGAGAGGGCCACGCCCUCCUCGGUAGAGCGUGGAAGCCUUACUCUCGAGUCAUCUACUACGCCUGCUCUCUCUCAAACGUCGUCGUUCCACGUGGCUGGGACGCCUGGGAUUUCGUCGGCCAAGAGAGCAGAAUAACUUUCGUGGAUGAAGAAUGCUGGGGAGCAGGAUCCAACAAGUCGGAGCGCGUAAAAUGGGAGAAAACCCUAACUCCGCAAGAGCUCGACUCCUUUACUAGCAUCUCUUACAUCGACACUGGAGGCUGGAUUCGCAAGCUGCCUAUACACAUUAAUUGAACUCAAUUCUUAGCUCUUUGGGUUAAGGAUUAUGUUUCCACACAGCUUUUCAUAGCUUCGAAUUGGAUUAAUGUAGUAUACGUGUAAUUAAUUUACAUGAAAUAAUUAAACUAUAUAUGUG